AUGGCGGCGAGCACCGACGCAGCAGCUGCCACUGCCGACGCCGCGGCGGCUGAUGAGGUAGCAGCAGCCCCCGCAAGCCCGGCAGCCGCGCUCGACAUCCGGAUAGGGCGCGUGGCCAAGUGCGAGCGCCACCCCGAUGCGGACAGCCUGUUUGUGGAGGAGGUCGAUGUUGGGGAGUCAGAGAUGCGCACGAUCGUGUCGGGACUGGUGCAGUUCGUGCCGCUAGAGGAGAUGCAGGACCGCCGCGUUGUCGUCCUCUGCAACCUGAAGGCCCGCAACAUGCGCGGCAUUAAGUCGCACGGCAUGCUGCUCUGUGCCAGCAACGCCGCGCACGACGCGGUGGAGCCGCUCGCGCCGCCGGAGGGCGCGGCGGUGGGGGAGCGCGUGUGGUUUGGCGAGGGUGGCAAGGAGCAGGGCGCGCCUGCUGAGCCCAACCGCGUGCAGAAGAAGAAAAUCUGGGAGGCGGUGCAGCCGGAUCUGAAGACGGACGCGGACAGGGAGCUCGCGCUGCUGCAGCACCGCAUCACCACGCAGCAGCAGCCGUGGAUGGACGCGGUGGCCGCGCUGUCGGACAACACGCCCCUGAAUUACACGUGA